AUGCGUCGAAUGAGUAUAAUUUCAACGAUUUUUGAGGUGAUUAUUCAUUUGACCUUUACCAAAUCUUACAUGGAACAAAUUGUUGCUAUAGCACAUCGUCGUAGAUGUGCAGUAGCAAUAUUUUUAAUUAUUGAAAUAUUGCGACGACAACAACAGAAUCAUUAUUAUCGUCGUCGUUUGUGGAGUCGACAGUGGCUGCAACGUCGAAGCACGCACGAUAGUGCUCUUACAAUGUUAUUUAAUGAAUUAGGACCUGAAGAUCCAAGAUCUUUUACAAAUUAUACUCGAAUGCACGAAGAGGCUAUGGAAGAGAUAUUACUUCUUGUUACACCAUAUAUUGAAAAACAAGAUACCCUAAUGAGAGAUGCAAUUUCUCCUCGAAUGAGACUGAGUGCAACCCUCCGAUAUUUAGCAACUGGUAACUCUUUUCAAGAUCUUGCAUAUUCCACAAGAAUUGCUCCAAAUACUCUGUCGCAGAUUGUACCAGAGACAUUGCAGGCUAUCAUUACAGUACUAGAAGAAAAAAAA